GGGCACGCACACAGUUUCAGUAUUGCCGCUGUGAGUGUGUUCCCUCAGUUUCUGAACUCUAACUGUUCGUGUGGAGCUGUCUGAGCUACAGAAUGACCCGUUGGGCCCUUAUUGCUCCCCUCCUGCUGGGCCUGUUCAUCCACGGUGCAGUCAGUCAAGAGACUGAGGACCCAGCUGCAACACCACCAACACCACCAGCACCGGGCCAGGCCGCCGAUGGCUCGCAGGCCGAGGACGAGAACGCAGAGUGGGGAAUGAACUCCGUGCGGGGCGGCUUUGAGUCAGUCAGUGGAUACUUUGACUCAAUGCUAGAGUUCAUGGGUGGACGUGAUGGAGUGUGCCAAUACCGCUGCCGAUAUGGUAAAGCUCCUCUUCCUCGUCCUGGCUACCAGAUGCCAGAACCUGAUGGAUGUACCUCCUACUUCUUUGGUCUUCCUAUACCAGACGGGAUGGACAUGGGCAUCCCUGCCAUGACCAAGUGUUGCAAUCAGCUGGACAUGUGUUACGACACGUGCGGCUCCAACAAGUACCGCUGCGACUCCAAGUUCCGCUGGUGCCUCCACAGCAUCUGCUCUGACCUCAAGAAGAGCCUUGGCUUUGUGUCAAAAGUUGAAGCAUGUGAAACGGUAGCAGACACCUUGUUCAACACAGUGUGGACUCUGGGCUGCAGACCCUACAUGAACGGCCAGAGAGCAGCAUGCUUCUGUCAGGGAGAGGAGAAAGAUGAACUUUAGAUUCAAGCGCAAACCACUCUCCUAUUUAUAACAGUAUCAACUACAGCAACACAUCAGAAGAUGUGAGUCAUGGUGUUGCAAAGACUUGUGACUACUUCAGUAAUUUAUUUGAAAGUUAUUGUUCUGGUUUUGUUCAAAGUCAUUAUUUUUACUUUGCAGCAAAAUGUAGAUGUUGUUGUUGAAAGUUCACUUGAGCUGCAAGCCCACAUUGUAUUUGUCUGAUUAUAGAGGUGCAUCACUGUUGUCUGUUGUGUUGGUAUUAGAACCAAUACUGUUGGCAAAGGCAUAUGAUUUUGGAAAAGCAAAAAAUAUCUGCGUGAACUCCACUUUGCAACCCAUAGAUAGCCUAUUGUGCUUCAUACUUUGGGUGUGUUAUCAUGUCCUACUUAGUAUAGUCUACUGUAUGAAUAAAUGUUAUUGACACAUACGUGAA